AAAUCGACAGUGUUGAACACCCACCUACUCUCUUCAUCCUCCAUUUGAGUUCUAAAUCACCACCUCCAAAUCUAAGUUAAAAUCCACCAUUACCUACUGCGUGUUCUUGUGUGUAAAAGCACACAGUUAAGGAGAAAAUGGCAACUCACAUUAGCAACGUCGCUCAGAAUCUUCAAACUGCCAAUUUCACUUGCAAUCUCUCCAAAUCCCAAAACCUUUCUUCCAAAUCGUUAUCUUUCUUAUCUUUUGGAUCGACAUACAAAAACCCAAUUGCUCAAAUCUCUGUUUCUUCUAACAAAAACUUUGGGAGGAAAUCGUUUACCGUAUCUGCUUCUGUUGCCACCACGGAGAAGCCGUCGACGGUACCGGAAAUUGUGUUGCAACCCAUCAAAGAGAUCUCCGGCACCGUUAAUUUGCCCGGCUCCAAGUCUCUGUCUAAUCGGAUUCUUCUACUCGCUGCGCUUUCUGAGGGAACAACCAUUGUCGACAAUUUACUUAACAGUGAUGACGUUCAUUACAUGCUCGGGGCUUUAAGAGCACUAGGGCUACGUGUCGAAGAAGAUGGUGCAAUUAAAAGGGCAAUUGUGGAAGGUUGUGGUGGCGUAUUUCCGGUGGGUAGAGAAGCUAAAGAAGAAAUUCAGCUUUUCCUUGGAAAUGCAGGAACAGCUAUGCGGCCGUUGACAGCUGCAGUUACUGCUGCCGGUGGAAAUUCAAGCUACAUACUAGAUGGGGUUCCUCGGAUGAGAGAGAGGCCGAUAGGUGAUUUGGUCACGGGUCUUAAGCAGCUUGGUGCAGAUGUCGAUUGUUUUCUUGGGACAAAUUGCCCGCCUGUUCGUGUAGUUGGAGGUGGAGGCCUCCCUGGUGGAAAGGUUAAGUUGUCCGGAUCCAUUAGUAGUCAAUACCUUACCGCUUUGCUUAUGGCUUCUCCCCUUGCCCUCGGGAAUGUAGAGAUAGAAAUCAUAGAUAAACUAAUUUCGAUACCGUAUGUCGAGAUGACGUUAAAAUUGAUGGAACGCUUUGGUGUCUCGGUGGAACACAGUGAUAGUUGGGACAGGUUCUUUAUCCAAGGCGGUCAAAAGUACAAGUCUCCCGGAAAUGCUUACGUGGAAGGUGAUGCUUCAAGUGCGAGUUACUUCUUAGCUGGCGCUGCCAUAACCGGCGGCACCAUCACCGUUGAAGGCUGCGGAACAAGUAGUUUGCAGGGUGAUGUGAAAUUUGCUGAGGUUCUUGGACAAAUGGGUGCCGAAGUAACAUGGACCGAGAACUCAGUCACUGUGAAGGGCCCACCGAGGGAUUCUUCUGGAAGGAAACAUUUGCGUGCCGUAGAUGUGAACAUGAACAAAAUGCCGGAUGUUGCCAUGACUCUUGCUGUGGUUGCUCUUUAUGCCGAUGGUCCUACAACCAUUAGAGACGUUGCUAGCUGGAGAGUUAAAGAAACCGAAAGGAUGAUUGCCAUUUGCACAGAACUCAGAAAGUUGGGAGCGACGGUGGAAGAAGGUGCGGACUACUGUGUGAUCACUCCGCCGGAGAAGUUGAAUGUAACGGCAAUAGACACAUACGAUGAUCACAGGAUGGCCAUGGCUUUCUCGCUUGCCGCUUGUGCUGAUGUUCCAGUGACCAUCAAGGAUCCCGGUUGCACCCGUAAGACGUUCCCUGAUUACUUUGAAGUUCUUCAGAAAUUCGCCAAGAAUUGACGUGAUUUCUCGUUAUCAUCCGUCGCUCGUGUCGUUUGAUGUUUUAAAAUAAGUUUUUGUUUUGAUUUCAAGGUGUAAAGUAUGUGAUUUUGAGGGGUAAUCUUAUUGCUAUGAGAUCUGUAAUUCUUUGAGAGUAUGAUGGAUGUAAUAAUUUGAGGUGAACUUUGGGUUAGAUUGAAGUAUAAUCUUAUGCAAUUCAAGUUGAACUUAAGGGUUGUUUCGCAGGUUCC